GGCUGCGCGGUUGGUUGAUGGAAAACAACAACAGCUAGGCACCAUGAGGGUCCCCGAAACACUGAUCUGGGCUGCUUUCUUCAUCCACAAGGUGAUGGGAGAGUACGGCAUGGCCCAUUUCAGUGAUAAGGGCAAGAGCAGAGGAAAGGAUUACUGCAUAUUCUUCAACUCACAGUGGGCACGUCUACCUCAGGACCUCAAUAAGGCAUCACGUCUUCAGAUAUACGAUUUGACAACAUCAGUCCUGUGCUCACCCUCGGACGUUCCCGAGGGAGGCUUCCCAAAUCUCAUCCCCAUGGUGAUGAGGGGCAACUGCACUUUCUAUGAAAAGGUUCGCCUGGCCCAGAUUAAUGGCGCUAAAGGCUUGCUCAUCGUCAGCAAGGACAGACUGACUCCACCAUCAGGAAACAAGACUCAGUAUGAGGAGAUCGACAUUCCCGUCGCACUUAUGAGCUACUCUGAUAUGCUUGACGUAAGCAAGACCUUUGGUAAAGGGAGACUGGUUGCCAUGUAUGCACCCAAUGAGCCGGUGUUGGACUACAACAUGGUGAUCAUCUUCCUCAUGGCCGUUGGAACGGUGGCCGUCGGAGGCUACUGGGCCGGCAGCAGAGACAGCAAAAAGCGUUACAUGAAACACAAGCGGGAUGACGGUUUGGAGAAGCAGGACGAGGAGACGGUAGACGUCACCCCGAUCAUGAUCUGCGUGUUUGUGUUCAUGUGCUGCAACAUGCUGGUGCUUCUCUACUUUUUCUACGACCGCCUGGCCAUUUGGGUCAUUGGGAUCUUCUGCGUGGCCUCGUCCGUGGGCCUCUACAGCUGUCUGUGGCCUUUUGUCAGGAGACUUCCUUUCUGCAAGUGCAGGGUCCCGGAGAACAACCUGCCGUACCUGCACAAGCGGCCACAGAUCCGCACGUUGCUGCUGUCGGCGUUCUGCAUCAGCGUCAGCAUCAUCUGGAUGGUGUUUCGCAAUGAAGACCAGUGGGCGUGGGUGUUGCAGGACGCCCUGGGGAUCGCCUUCUGUCUGUACAUGCUCAAAACAGUCAGGCUGCCCACGUUCAAGGCUUGCACUUUAUUACUGACAGUUUUAUUUGUCUAUGAUGUUUUCUUCGUAUUCAUCACUCCCUUCUUUACAAAGAGUGGGGAGAGUAUAAUGGUGGAGGUAGCGGCUGGUCCUUCUGACUCCGCCACACAUGAAAAGCUCCCCAUGGUGCUUAAAGUGCCGAGGUUAAACUUCUCUCCUCUGGCUCUUUGUGACCGUCCCUUCUCUCUCUUGGGCUUCGGAGAUAUCCUCGUACCAGGUCUGCUGGUGGUGUACUGUCACAGAUUUGACAUUUUAACACAGACCUCCAGGAUCUACUUUGUGACGUGCACGAUCGCGUACGGCGUGGGCCUGCUCAUCACCUUCGUGGCUCUGGCUGUGAUGCAGAUGGGCCAGCCGGCCCUGCUGUAUCUGGUGCCUUGCACUCUGCUCACCAGCCUCACUGUAGCGCUGUGGCGCAGGGAGCUGCCCCAGUUCUGGACUGGAAGUGGAUUUGUGCCUGCCAUAAUGCUCGCACCAAUCAACUGUACACAAACGGCGGAGCCGCAGCCAGAGGGGCCCUCGGACAAACCGGAGCCACAAACCACAGAAUCCACUAAUCAGAGCAAAGACGCGGCCGAGCAGCCGCCUCAGGAAACCCGCUCAGAGGAGACCAGCGAGGAAAAAAACAAGUCAAACUGAACCCAGCUCUCGUACAUCUUUCAUUUCACACUACGUUUUUAUAUGUGACUGCUUACAGCGUGUCUCAUUUCAUGGAUAUUUCUAGUACAGACAUUUAUUAUUUGCACUUGAUGUGAAGGGAAGAGCAAGCAGAUCUGUUUUUGUUUGUUUGUUUUUUAAUGGCUGAGGGGCCGGUAUUCAGACCAACACGUAUAAAACCUUGCACAGCCUCAGGAACAGACCUGCACCACCCGUAAGCAAAUAACAAACCAAAUUUACAAACUACUGAAGCUGAUAAAACAAACCACACCAGGUCGUCUGCGGUGAAACUUGGAGACUCACAUUUUCUUGUCACUGCAGUUGGGAUGAGGGGAUUCAGGAAAAUUAAAAAGAAAAUAUAUAUAUACUUGUUAUUGCUCAUUAUUCAGUGGCAUUUAGAAAAAAAAACAGGUUUUAAAAACAGAUAUUGUAGAUUAUAGUUGCAACUCUACAGUUAUGAAAGCAGAGUCAGUGGUACGUACUGAGAGAAGCAUUGAGAGUUAUUAGAGAUCUUUGAAGGGUUUUGUCUUGUCUAUUUUGAAUCCUUCAGUUUCACGCCAUCUCGCUUCUGAGGCGCCAAAUUUAAUAUAAUUGAUGGAGAUCUUUGAACAGGACACUGAAGCC